CACAUUUUUCGAAUGUCGCUCGGGAAUCGCACGGAUCCUGAGGCGGCGGCGCAUGACGAAGGUGACUGGGCCGCUAGGGGCGAUGACGCCGCUAUAUUGGCGUCUCCAGAUGGUCAAGAAGCUGUAGCUCCACCUGCGUCCACCAAUGGUCAAGUGAAUGCAACAAGAGACCGCGAAGAGGAAGACACUCGCGCCGCAGACCUGGCCGUGCUGGGUGACGCCUGUCCGAUCUGUCUACAGACACUGGAGGGCGCCGUGAUGCUUACGGCCUGCUACCACGUAUAUUGCUUUGAAUGUUUGAGCACUUGGGUGCACAGUCUGGCGCUGCAUGGCGUAGAACCGCCCACAUGUCCGCUGUGCAAGAAUCCAUUCCAGGACGUGUACGCCAACGUUCGGAGCGAGACGGACUUUGAGCUCUUCCGCUUCCAGGGGCGACGAAUACGGGAUCACGAGAGCAGGGACAGACAGAGAGACGACAACGAUAGCAAUCGACAGAGACUCAGGCGGCGUUCACUUGUGUAUCGACGGCACAUGCGCCUCGUUCGAGUGGCUGGCAAGCAAGUUGAAGACUCGCACGCAUACCCAAAGAUGCACAAGGUCAAAGGAGAGUACGAAGCUUGGCUCGAGAGAGAGUUGAGGGCAUGUAUUGGACGUGAUAUCGAUCUGACGGUGCUGCUGGCGAUCAUCCAGUGCUGCCUCAAUAAGAUCGCACAUUGUGGGCCAAAGAAAUGUUACGACGAACUGCAGCAAGCGCUCACGCCGUUUUUGUACGAAGAUGCCGAGCAUUUUGUGAGAGAACUCGCUUACUUUUUGGGCUCUCGGCUGAACGUGGAGGCAUACGACGCUGCUGUUGAGUAUCGAUGCGAAAAUGCUGCCGAGUGUACAAAUGCACUAUGCUGUGGCCGAUAAUCAGUGUAAAAAUGUAUGCGCCGAGGCGCUAUAGUUUCGUGAACUACAUAGUGUAACCAGUUGAGACUACCGCCGUGACGUUGGGUUUACUACCGGUGCCACCUUGAGACGUUUAUGCCUUGCCCAGAACGAGAGCAAGCAGAGCCAUACGUACAUACAUGCCGUUCUCCAUCUGACGGAAGUACGCAGCACGCGGGUCAUUAUCGACCUCUUCAGCGAUCUCGCCAACUCGAGGCAGCGGGUGCAUGAUGACCAUGUUGGACUUAGCGUCCUUAAUGGUGUCCAGCGUGAUGCGGAAGCUGUCUUUCACAGCGUUGUAGUCGCCCUCGUUCUCAAAGCGUUCCUGAAUACAGUCAACCGGCAUGAGUCUUAUGUACAGUCAACCAUGAUCCGCACCGCUCACCUUCUGCACGCGUGUUACGUACAGCACGUCGGUCUGGUUGAUGACCGACUCCAGCGCGGCAUUUUCAGGCUCUCGGGUGACACGUAGUUGAAGGUGGUGCCGUACAUGGCCAGCAGCUUGGACAGCGAGUGCACGGUACGGCCGUACUUAAGGUCGCCGACCAUGGUGACAACCUUACCCUUGAGGUUCUCCAGAUCACCUAGUUCGCUGUAAAUGGUGUAGAGAUCCAGCAUGGCCUGGGUCGGGUGCUCGCCGACGCCGUCUCCAGCGUUGAGUACGGGCUUCUUGGUAGCCUCGGCUGCUACCAGAGCGCUGCCUUUGAUCGGGUGACGGAGAACAACUACGUCGGCGUAGCACUCAAGACAGCGGAUGGUGUCAUGCAGCGUCUCGCCCUUCUGACUGCUGGACGAGGUCUCAUUGACGCACACCACGAGCCCGCCGAGACGCUUCAUGGCAGCCUGGAACGAGCUGCUCGUGCGCGUGGACGGCUCCAUGAACACAUUGGCCAGGAGCUACAGCAACAGAGUCAGCAUCAAUACCUCAAAACACAAUCGUAUUGCAGUGCGUACCUUGCCCUUAAGAAGGUCAUUGGCGCCUUGCGUCUUGACCAUCUUCUUCAUCU